UGAAUUUUAUAGCACGGGACGUUUUAUAUGCUAUUAUAAAACUUUCUCCCAAAAAUGCAACGCUGGGCUGGACGUGUUGCCUUGGUAACCGGAUCUUCUGCUGGUAUAGGGUGUGGGAUUGCGAGAGCAUUAGUUAAACACGGACUGAAAGUAGUAGGAUGUGCAGAGAAUGACAAAGAGGUCCAGAGGAUUGAGGCAGUUUCCAGGGAACUGAAAGGAGAAGAGGGCUCGCUGGUCGGCCUGAAGUGUGAUAUGGGGAAGGAAGAAGAUAUCCUGAAGAUGUUUGAGACCAUCAAAUCGGACCCUAAUCUCCGCGGUGUAGACGUGUGCAUCAACAACGCUGGUUUAGCUCACGAGGAGCCGUUUCUGACUGGACAAACCGAAGCAUGGAGACAGAUGAUUGAUAUCAAUAUCCUUGGGUACUGUAUAUGCACAAGAGAGGCAUUUAAAUCAAUGAAGGAAAGGGGCAUUGACGAUGGACACAUCUUUCUUAUAAACAGCGUGGCAGGACAUCGUGUACCAAUUUUUACAAAUAUCCAUUUUUAUUCAAUGACGAAAUUCGCAGUGACAGCCAUGUCGGAAGCAAUCAGAUUUGAACUGCGGGAAAUGAAAAGUGGGAUCAGGAUUUCGUCCAUAAGUCCUGGUGUAGUUGAGACUGAAUUUGCAUACAAAAUGAUACACGACCCAGUGCGGGCCAAAGCCACAUUCACGCAGUACCCGUGUUUGCAGCCAGAUGACCUGGCUGAUGCUGUCAUUUAUGCACUGCAAGCUCCUCCUCAUGUUCAGGUUCAUGACAUCAUGCUAAGACCAACAAUGCAGUUUAACUAGUCUUGUUUGACAUAUGUGUUAACAGACUGUUAAAUGACAGUUAUACUCAAACCAGAAAUCGGCUGUACAGUCACCACUGGCAGACAGAGGAUUUAACCAGAGGUGGCCAUGCUAGCAUUUGUAUUAUUGUUUGUUUUUUAAACUGUCCAUGGAAUAAACAUUCUUAAAUUUGAGCAGGUUCAAAUAUUUCAUGCAAAAAAAAAAAAAAGUUCCUCAAAUGGAGAAAGGACAUAUUGUUUGAUUGUUCAUAAAUAUACUUCCUGUAUGAUUAAAUUUGUUCAAUGUCAAUAAAUAAAUAACACAAUAAA